AUGAGAAAAAGCAGCAUCAUCCUGCAGCGGCGGACCGGCAAGAUCUGGGAGGAGAUUCCGGAUCACUGGGCGAGCACCAUCAACUCUCCCGACAAGGCGCAAGACCCGGCGGCGACGGGGCCGCAGUACCUCACCCGCGUCCAGGUCCCGAUCGUCCUCACGUCCAUCACCUUGGCCGCGUUCCUGCUGCUCCUCGACUCGACCAUCGUCUCGACCGCCGUUCCGAGCAUCACAUCCGAGUUUCACUCGCUAAAGGACGUCGGGUGGUAUGGCGCCGCCUACCAGCUGUCGAGUGCCGCUCUCCAGCCGCUCGUGGGCAAGCUCUUCACGCUCUUCAACAUCAAGGUCGUCUACCUCUCCUUCUUCUUCGUCUUCGAGGUCGGCUCCGUGGUGUGCGCCGUCGCCAACGCGUCCUUGAUCCUCAUUGUCGGGAGAGUCAUUGCCGGCCUCGGGGUUGCGGGCAUGUACACCGGCGGCAUGAUCAUUGUCGGCUCGUGUAUUAAGCCUGAGUCACGAGCGCUCUGCACCGGGAUCAUGAUGGGAUUUGGACAGCUCGGCCUCGUCAGUGGCCCAAUCAUCGGCGGCGUCCUCACCGAGAGGCUCUCCUGGCGAUGGUGCUUCUACAUCAACCUCCCGCUCGGGGCCCUCAUCUUCGCCGGCACCGCCUUCGUCAAGCUCACCAACCCCUCGCCGCUCAAGCCCGUGCGCUCCAUCCUCCCGACGCUGCACCGCACGCUCGACCUCGUGGGCUUCGCGCUCAUCGCCCCCGCCGUCACCCUCCUGCUCGUCGCGCUGGAAUGGGGCGGCGCCGGCGACUACGCAUGGGGCUCGACCGUCCUCAUCGGCCUCUUCUGGACGGCGGGUGUCCUGGGCGCCGCCUUUGCCGGCUGGAUCUGCUACAUGGGCGACGCGGCGCUCAUCCCGCCGCGGCUGUUCCUCAACCGCAUCGUCGUGGCCUGCUGCGGCGUUACAUUGUCCGUCAUGGGCGCCAGCUUCGUCUCCACGUACUGGCUUCCCAUCUACUUCCAGACAAUCAAGGGGGAUAGCCCGAUAUGGAGCGGCGUGCACCUGUUGCCCAAUGUCAUCCCGUCUCUGGUCGUGAGCAUCAUCGUGGGGGCCCUAGUUGGCAAGGUCGGCUACUACCUCCCCUUCGCCGCGGCGGGUGGCGCCAUCAUCGCCCUCGCCGGGGCUCUCUUCACGACACUCACGCCGUCCUCCGACGUGGUCGCCUGGGCGGGCUACCAGGUCGCCCUGGGAGUCGGGCGCGGCCUCGCCGUGCAGGCGGGCUACCUCGGAAUGUCGCACGCCGUGCCGGCCGAGACGCUACCGCUGGCCGUAUCGCUCAUGAUCUUCUCGCCGUACCUCGUCGGGUCCGUGCUGCUGACCCUCGCGCAAGUCGUCUUCACGACCACGUUCCGCGCGGAGCUGCCGCGCCGGGUGCCCGGCGUCGACGUCGACGCCAUCCUCAACGCCGGGGCGUCGGGCGUGCGCAAGGCCGGGGUCCCGCUCGACAAGCUCGCCGACGUGGUUGGCGCCUACUCGGCGAGCGUGACAAAGGUCUUCUACCUGACUGCAGUGAUGGGCGUGCUCCUGUUCGUCGCGGCUCUCUUCUCGGGAUGGGUCGACACGCGGAAGAAGGACCUGCCGCCACCGCCGCCGCCGGUGCCGGCACAGGAGACAGACUAUGGAUCGGAUACGGAGCUUGAGGACAACCUCACUUGGAGCGACAAGCUCGACGAGAUGUUUCCGCGCCGGGCCUCAGGAUCAACGGCCUGGUAG